UUCGAGGUUGUGGAGAGUCACCUACCUGACCGCGUCAUGCGACAGUUCGGACUGCAGCAGCCUAUUCCCCAGAACUGUGACACUGUCGUGCGCCUUCACGACAUUGACCGUCGGGGAAAGACGGAGACAAACUGGGCACUGGAACAUUGGCAGUAUCUUCAGCUAUGGGAGCAGCGGUUGGGUCAUGUCGUUCAGGGUUAUCCCAUGCAGGGCGUUAUGGAUCAUGACGAUCCGUACAUGGUGUGGUACAGGCUUAUCACACGCCGUUUCAUCAACCCCAGCUACACACCACCGUCCACCCAUUACCACCCGGCACAUGACGUCAUUAGCGGAUAUGCGGCGGAUAUGGUGGCGAUGUAUGAUGCACUGUCCCUCGCCCUUACAGACGGACCCACCAGAGCCCAGGUCCAGCGGAUGCGAGAUAUGUCCGCGACUUCCUUACGCAGACAUGGUCACGGUCAUCUCAUCCAACAGCGGGACGGUGAUGAUGGUCACUCCAUCCAUUCGCGGUUCGACCCCGGCCAGAGUAGCAGUGGAGGUGAUCCUACGUCGCACACAGAGGCAGAGGAGUACAUCUUCCACAGUUCUGCACCCUUCAGAACCCAGGAGGACGCAUCGUCCAGCCAGCUCACUCCCCACCCGCGCCGGAACCCAUUCACCACCAUUCACCAUUACACUCGGCGUCGUCCAAGACGAAGGGACGACAGUGAGGCUAGGGAAGGGUUACACCAAAUUGAUGAGUAGUGAACGUAUUGUAUCAUUGUUUUGUCCUUUUUCCUGGAAUGUUGUAUAUAACGAUUGCAUUAUCAAUAUAAGACAUGCUGGUUGAAUGAAUCUGUUUGUGUUUUGAAGUUUUGUUUGCUUAUUUAUCCAAAUUGGAUUUAUGUCAGUCAAAAUAGAUCCUUCAGGGCUAAUGUACAUUAAACAACAGACAUUUGGAAUCCAUAGUCGAAAAUAGGGAAGAAAGGAUGGCCCGUGGUGGUUAAUGUGGUUGUUCAUGGUGGUUUUAGUGUUGUUGGUUGUGGUGGGUGGUUAUCGACGGUUGUUGAAUGGUUGGGGUUGGUGGUGGAGCUGGUUGAAGUGUUGUUGGAGGUCAAAAGUGGUGGCAGAUGGUGGUCGAUGGUGGGGGUUGUUGGUGGAUUGUGGUGGCAAGAAUCAUGGCAGGGGGUGGUGGGUGGGGGCAGAAGAAAGUGGCAGAUCAGUGGCAAAAGGCUGAUUCUGCUGCUGUUUUGCACACCAGCAGAGAAACGGUGUCCCAGACAACAUUUUAGGUUGAAAAUAAGACGCUGUCUGAGACAGCGUUUUAGGUACAAGGAAGUUUGUACAUAAAGCGCUGUCUGGGACAGCGUCUUUGGUAUAACUGUUUUUGUUUUUUAAAAACAUUUUUAUAAAUAAAAGGCAAUUACAAAAAUUUUUAAAAAAAAGGUCAACAACAAAGACGUUGUCCCAUACAGCGUUUUUAGGUUGAUUUUUUUUUAAAAAAAACCCAGGCAUAAAACGCUGACCGAGACAACGUUUUAGCCUGGAAGCUUAGUUUGGUAAAUACUUUUGCCACGCAACCAUUUUGGUUAAUAUUUGCCAAAAUUGGCUCACUUUG